UGAACAAGAGCAGAAAAAAACACCACAGAUCAAACCCACUUGCACUGACUGACCUAAUAAGAGGUCGAUAUCGAGUACUAUAAAAAACGUGAGCAUGUCGAUUUCACAAUACCUUUCCCCUCAUGUGCUUAAUAGAAAAAUAACCCAAGGACAACGAUAGCCAAAAAUACCAUUACAAAUAUACUAUUUGGCAAGGAUGCUUGCGUUAUAUAAACCCACGUUAGUCUGGAAGUUGCACACACGUCAUCAUGUACCGUCUGAAGACCUUGCUCCUGGUGGCUGCAGUAGCUGUGACUGUCGGUGCCCAGUGCCCCGCCACGUUCUUCGAGGCCGGGGGAGGCUGCUUCCACGCCAUAGACACCGGCGAGACGGACAUCACGUGGGAAGACGCUCGGGAGAUGUGCAUCGGAUUGAGCGACAGCGAGUGGAACGUGGACCUGGCUUCCCUGGACUCCACGGCGCAGCUCGAGGCCUUCGCGGAGGCGUGGGCUACAGCGGGGGCGGACUACAGGCCCUACGGCUACAUGUGGGUGGGCUUCACGCGUGAGACCGGCGAGUGGGCCAACCUGGACGGGGUGCCAAUAUCCCUCUACUCCAACAUGUGGCGGGAAGGUCACCCGCACGACAUGAACAUGUACGUCUACAUCGAGGACGUGACCAUGACCUCCGGCAGUGAGUCACGAGGACGUUUCUACGCUUCGUGCACGAUGCAUGACGCUCUUCAGAGGGCACUGUGCAGGGCUUACCCGGCCUAAUUAGGACCUGAAUAAAUACACUGUGUAAAUCA